AUGGACAAAGCCGAUCGCAUCCGUGGCUUGGUGCUGGGCUGCGCAUUGGGCGAUGCCGUUGGCUUAGCUGCGGAGUUCAUGACGGCAGAGGAAGCCAGAGGCACCUACGAGAAGCUUCUGUUGGACCGCCAGGCACAGGGCCAGCUCCCGGUGCUGCGACCGGGAGACUCUGUGCAAGAUGGCCAUCGAAGCAAGUGGGCCGCUGGCGACUGGACAGAUGAUACUGACCAGCUGGUCUUGGUUCUCAGGUGCCUCCUGCCCGCAUCCGCGGGCGCGGCGCUGCGCCCGCCGGAUCCCAGGGAGUUUGCGCAGCGGCUGAUGAGCUGGCACAAAGUUGGCUUCCCAGAACUUGGCGACACCGGCGGGUGCGGCAUGGGAAGGAGCACGGCGCGCGUGCUCGAUGAACCCUUCUUCCUGGAGCGCCCCGCCGACGCGGCUCGGCGGGCUUGGGACCUUCUGGGGCGCUGCGUUGCGCCGAACGGGGCGUUGAUGAGGGCGGCAGCUUCCGGUCUGCGCGGCCCUGCCCAUGCUGCGGAGGAUGCCAAGGUCUUCGCGGAGGUGACGCACGCGGACCCCAGGUCCACUGCGGCAUGUGUUGCCAUUGCCGUGCUCAUCGCCUCCAUGAUCCAGAGAGAAGAUGGACAGAUCACUGCGGGAGGUCUGGAGCUUUUGCUGUCACAGGCUUGCGUCUCGGCCUUCAGCCAUUGCAGCCUUCUUCCCCUUGGGGAGACAUCUCGCCCCAACCUCUAA